AUGGGAUGCAGUAGUGAGGCAAUUAAGAAAUGGGUAAACCAAAUAAUAGACGAAAAUAUUAUUGCAGUUUUCUCAAAAACUGAAUGCCCAUAUUGUAUUAAAGCUAUAUCUAUCUUGAAAGGAUUCAAUGUUAAUAGUAUGCAUGUAGCGCAAAUUGAAAAAGAUCCAAAAGUAACAGAAAUACAAGCAUACUUAAAGGAGUUAACUGGAAAAAGUAGUGUACCAAGAAUUUUCAUAAAUAAACAAGUUGUUGGUGGAUGUGAUGAUUUGGUAAAAGAAAAAGAAGAAGGAAAACUCCUAGAGAGACUAAAAAAUGCUGGUGUACUUUAA